GUCAAAUUUGUUUUCUCUUACAAAAACGUUCGUAUAUUUUCGAUGUAUAUCGAAUGGCGCUUAGCAUUUAUUGAAAAAUCAUACAUUAUUCGUGACAAAAAUUCAUCAACGUUUUGUCAUAGUUAAAUGAGCGCAAAAAAAACAAAACCGCAACGAAUCAAAUUAGACAGCAAUAAACCACAGAAAUGACAACAACGACAACUACAACAACAAUGGCAGCGUCACUUUUAUCCAUGGAUAAAAGUGUCGUUUUUUAUCCAUGGAUAAUGUCUGUUCAUGAGCAAUUCCAUUGAUUGUACCAACAAAAACCUGUUCAAAAAAGAAAUCUAGUUUAGUGGGUUGGCCCUUUUUGGCAGCUUCGUGAAAAAUUAUGCAAUUUUGCGUUUAAUUUUUCCAUGGUAAAACCAGCCGAAAAGAGGAAUUAUUUGGCAAAAACCAACAUUUAAAUAUUGUGUCAACGGGAAUUUGAUGAAAUAUUGACGAAAUUUCGAAGAACUAACGAAACAAUUCCGCACCGAAAUAUUAAAAUAAUUCAAGUCAAAGAGAGUUCCAUUGUGUGUAUUUCGUAUAUCAUUUUUUUUUCUCUCUCUCGUCUCGUUCAUUCAUUGCAUUUGGAGGCUGUACGUGUGUGCGUGUGUGUAAGAGUGUGUGUAUUGUGAAAGAGUGUCCAUUAAGUGUUUUCCUUCAGUUUCGUUAAGUUGUACGUACGUUCGUUUGUUCGUUUGGUGCGUGCGUUGUGUCGGUGUGUAUUCGCGUUGCGCGUUUAAUAUACAUAUUUAUCUAAAUACUGUUGUGUAUGCUUGCUGGUAAAAUUCAAGCAGAAACUCAGAAAAAACUGAACCAAUUCUACGACCGACACAGACAAAGAAGGAGCGCAAGAGGUGCACACAUAAUUAACAAAGCAACCAAUCACACACAUACAUAUACAUCCACAUCCACAUCCAUCGGGGUGUACACAUACACAACAGCAUUCAUUCGAUCGGUCGGCCGUUCGCUGUCGUACGUCGCAUCGUCGCAUAUUUUUAUUGUAUUUUUGUGCAGUGUUGAAUUCAUCGUAUCCAUAGCAUUAUGGUUGCUGAAGUGUGCUGUUCCAUCAAAACCAAAAACAAAUAUUAAAAUGGCUGCCGGGGCUGUAAUCAUUUGCUCUGUAGUCGUCUCCUUUGUUUAGGGAUAAAUAAUUCACACAUACAACACACGAAUACAUUGUCACAUCGAUAUAUAUAUAUAUAUACAUUCUAUCUCAAAUUCACUUCGUCUCGUUUCCAUCAAAUCGAAGUGAACGCAGAGCAGCAAGAAAAAGAACGAAAUAAAACUACCGAAAAAAAAACGAGAGAGAAUACAAGAGGAAGAGAAGAAACGGCGACGACGAGGAUAGAAAGAAGCAGAGAAAAUAAAACACACAACUAAGAAACCCACACAAUAGUACGGCUCCGCGCAUACAUUGAUAAAAAGUGGCACACAGCAUUUUUUUAUUAUUAUUAUUUAUUUUUUUGUUGUUGUUGUUGUUGUUGUAUAUUUUUUUCGGAUUUGCUUCGAAUUUUUCUCUUCACAUGUGUGAAUUUAUAUACAUUCAAUUUGUGUGUUCUCUCUGCGCUGGUGUACACCACAUCGGUUGCAAAUAAAAAAAAAAUACAAUUAUUUUGAUACGAAUGUAAAGAAGUAAUCGGGCAAAGAGUGAACGACAGAAGAAAAAAAAACAUCAUACCGAAUAGAAGAAGAAGAAAAAAAAAUUAACGCACACAAACACAUACACACUCACCAGCAUAUACAUAUAUCAGAGUGUGUAUCCAAUAUACAACAUCAAAACCAAGAAAUUGAACGAGAAAAAGAAGAAGCAGUCACAAGGAGCAGCAGUGGCACGGGCAGUUGUAGCAGCAGGAGAACAAAUUUAUACAUAUUAUUUUAUUUUCUAAUUAAAUUGGAUUAGUUUAUUUGGUGUGUAUAAAAAAAUUGUCAGUUCGCUGGAUAUAAAUAUGCCGAGUGCAUCGUUUACAUCAUCGAAAUCUUAUGUGAGACGAUCACGACGAAAAGGUGCCAAUCGCAUUGCAUUGCCGUCAAGAACGUCUUCAGCUGAUCCAUGUGAACCAUGUCAAAAUAUUCCAGGCCCAAGUGUUGGCUCUGCUCCAAGUGGAAGUUCUUCAGCUGCUGCACCAAAUCCAAAUAAUCCAGUAAUUCCGAACAUAAGUACAUCGCCAACUGCCACUUCGACAAAUCAUCAAUCGCCAUAUGAUCUGCGAAAAAAAUCGCCGACAUCAAAUCUUGAUAUUUGGAGUAGCGGGCCAUCUACAUCUGCCAGUAGCAAUAGCACGUAUCAAUAUCAACCAUCAGCAUCAACAUCCACCUCAACAUCAACAUCAACAUCAACAUCAGCAUCAUCAGCAUCAGCAUCAGCAUCAGCCUCCUCCACAUCACAGCCACAACAAUCACAAUCGUCGUCAACGUCAAACGUUUGUUCCGUUGCAUUGGGUCAUGCGUCAAGUAGUAGCAGUAGCAGUAGUAGUAGCAGUAGUGAUCCAGCGUGCAGCGUCUCAUUUUGCAGCAUUCCAUCAUCAUCGAGUAGUUGCUACCUAUUGCCAGCGAGAAAGCGACCGCGUCGCAUUUACUCGGCUGGCAUCGAUACAACGGUCACAUCAGCUGCCCACUACUUGCAAUACGAAAUGCCCGACGAAGUUCUAUUGACGAUCUUUUCCUACUUGCUCGAGCAGGAUUUGUGUCGUUUGUCAUUAGUUUGUAAACGUUUCAAUACAAUUGCCAAUGAUACGGAGCUAUGGAAGCGACUGUAUCAAAAUGUCUACGAAUACGAUAUGCCAUUAUUCAAUCCCGAACCGUGCAAAUUCCAUUUUGUCAAGGCCGAAGAUUCCGAAUACGCGAACCCAUGGAAAGAAAGUUUCCGGCAGCUAUAUCGCGGUGUACACGUUCGGCCGGGCUAUCAAAAUAAACGGUACAAGGGUAGGAAUAUUUGCUAUUUUGAAAACGUUCAAUCGGCACUGGAUUAUGCGGAUGAACGAACGUCAGCGAACAACAACUGCUCAAACAACAAUUUAUCAUCGGCAAACGUCUCAAAUAGUCUAGUUUGUGGUAAUGAAGAAGUGGCUGAGAAUCCGGGCAACUUGAUAUUCCUGCACGGUGGCCAUUAUCGUGGUGAAUUUUUAGUGAUUGAUUCGGAUGUUGCGCUGAUUGGUGCUGCUCCAGGCAAUGUGGCCGAAUCCAUAGUAUUAGAACGUGAGUCCGAAUCGACGGUAAUGUUUGUUGAAGGUGCAAAACAUGCAUACGUCGGUCAUAUGACACUGAAAUUCUCACCGGAUGUCACAUCAACCGUUCCACAUCACAAGCAUUACUGUCUCGAGGUUGGAGAAAAUUGCAGUCCCACCAUCGAUCACUGCAUCAUUCGGAGUACAUCAGUCGUUGGUGCAGCUGUUUGCGUGAGCGGAGUCGGAGCAAAUCCAGUUAUACGGCACUGCGACAUCAGCGAUUGUGAAAAUGUUGGCUUGUAUGUCACCGAUUAUGCUCAAGGAACGUAUGAGCACAACGAAAUCAGUCGAAAUGCGCUGGCUGGCAUUUGGGUAAAGAAUUUCGCCAGUCCGAUAAUGCGCGAAAAUCACAUUCAUCACGGUCGCGACGUGGGCAUUUUCACAUUUGACAAUGGCAUGGGAUAUUUCGAGAAAAAUGAUAUUCACAAUAAUCGAAUCGCUGGCUUCGAAGUGAAAGCUGGAGCAAACCCCACCGUUGUUAAAUGUGACAUCCAUCAUGGCCAAACAGGUGGCAUUUAUGUGCACGAAAAUGGUUUAGGUCAAUUCAUAGAAAAUCGAAUCCAUUCCAAUAAUUUUGCAGGCGUGUGGAUAACAUCGAACAGCAAUCCAACAAUACGAAAAAAUGAGAUUUACAACGGUCAUCAGGGAGGUGUAUACAUUUUUGGCGAAGGUCGCGGUCUAAUCGAGCACAAUAACAUUUAUGGCAAUGCAUUGGCUGGCAUCCAAAUUCGAACGACCAGUGAUCCAAUCGUUCGACACAAUAAGAUCCAUCACGGUCAGCAUGGUGGCAUUUAUGUGCAUGAAAAAGGCCAAGGAUUGAUCGAAGAGAAUGAAGUGUACGCAAAUACAUUGGCCGGUGUGUGGAUAACAACGGGCAGUACACCGGUAUUGCGACGCAAUCGAAUCCAUUCUGGCAAACAAGUCGGCGUUUAUUUCUAUGACAAUGGCCAUGGAAAAUUAGAGGAUAACGACAUAUUCAAUCAUCUGUAUUCAGGUGUACAAAUUCGAACUGGUAGCAAUCCAGUGAUUAGAGGCAAUAAAAUAUGGGGCGGCCAAAAUGGUGGCGUUUUAGUUUACAAUGGUGGUCUCGGUUUGCUGGAGCAAAACGAAAUCUUCGAUAAUGCAAUGGCCGGUGUUUGGAUCAAAACCGAUUCGAAUCCAACGCUGAAACGCAAUAAAAUUUAUGAUGGCCGUGAUGGUGGCAUAUGUAUAUUCAACGGUGGCAAGGGGAUUCUCGAAGAGAAUGACAUUUUUAGAAAUACACAGGCCGGCGUACUGAUAUCAACGCAAAGCCAUCCGAUACUGCGACGAAAUCGAAUAUUCGAUGGUCUAGCGGCUGGCGUUGAGAUUACCAAUAAUGCCACCGCAACGCUGGAAUUCAAUCAGAUUUUCAAUAAUAAAUUCGGUGGCCUGUGUCUGGCCAGCGGUGUGCAGCCCAUUGUGCGUGGCAAUAAAAUAUUCAAUAACCAGGAUGAAGUGGAGAAGGCGGUGUCGGGUGGACAAUGUUUAUACAAAAUCUCUAGCUACACAUCGUUUCCCAUGCACGAUUUUUACCGGUGUCAAACCUGUAACACCACCGAUCGUAAUGCCAUUUGCGUAAACUGUAUCAAAACAUGCCAUGCUGGUCAUGAUGUCGAAUUCAUACGCCAUGAUAGAUUUUUCUGCGAUUGUGGCGCUGGAACACUCACCAAUCAGUGUCAAUUGCAGGGCGAACCAACACAGGAUACCGACACACUGUACGAUUCGGCUGCUCCAAUGGAGUCACACACAUUGAUGGUGAACUAGGAUCUUAUUUUGAUCAUAAUGCUGUGUUAAACAACUACAAAACAACAAACACACUAAACAAACGUAAACAAAACACAAACAUGUUAGAGUGAAAUGGAAAUAGUAUUAUUAUUGUUAAAACGACGGCAAUGUGUAAAUGAAAUCGGAUAAAAUGGAUUACUAAAUCAACAACAACAAAAAAAACAAUUUCACCACUCACACAACAACAAACUUCAAAAGAAAAAAAGAAUCGCGAUUUAAAAUCAUAUGACACAAUUACUACAAGCAUUUAGUGGUUAUUUUAAGCGAUAAUUGAAAAACACACACACAAACAGAAACAAAAAAAAACAAAUAAAAUAUUAAAAAAUUGUAUCGUUAAACGAAGCAAAAAAUUGUAUGAAAAAAAAACAUUUAACAUGAAUUAGGCAAAAACUUUCUGAAAAAUGUUGUUUGUUGGUUCAAAUCACGUUCAAAACAGUAAGGCAGUGUGGAACAAUUUUCUCUUCUCGUCUGUAUAUCUAUCUAAAUAUUACAACCAAAACAAUUAAACACGUAUUUAUAGGAGAAAAAAAAACAUGAAAUUAUGGCACAUUAACACAGUUACAAAGGGCAUAGAGUCAAAUGUUCACUUACUCAAAAGUAAAGAAAAACAACUAAAUGACAACAGCAACAACAAAAAAUUAUACACAUAUUAAAAGAAAGCGGAAAUGAAGCAAACACAAACAAAUAAACAAUUCCAUUUAAACUAAA